CUCUGUGGCCGCAGGCGCAGGCCCGGGCGACAGCUGAGACGUGGGGCGCGCCGGCUCGCUGCAGCUCCGGGACUCAACAUGCGCUGCUCGCCGGGAGGCGUCUGGCUGGCGCUGGCCGCGUCGCUCCUGCACGUGUCCCUGCAAGGCGAGUUCCAGAGGAAGCUUUACAAGGAGCUGGUCAAGAACUACAACCCCUUGGAGAGGCCCGUGGCCAAUGACUCGCAACCGCUCACCGUCUACUUCUCCCUGAGCCUCCUGCAGAUCAUGGACGUGGAUGAGAAGAACCAAGUUUUAACCACCAACAUUUGGCUGCAAAUGUCUUGGACAGAUCACUAUUUACAGUGGAAUGUGUCAGAAUAUCCAGGGGUGAAGACUGUUCGUUUCCCAGAUGGCCAGAUUUGGAAACCAGACAUUCUUCUCUAUAACAGUGCUGAUGAGCGCUUUGACGCCACAUUCCACACUAACGUGUUGGUGAAUUCUUCCGGGCAUUGCCAGUACCUGCCUCCAGGCAUAUUCAAGAGUUCCUGCUACAUCGAUGUACGCUGGUUUCCCUUUGAUGUGCAGCAUUGCAAACUGAAGUUUGGGUCCUGGUCUUACGGAGGCUGGUCCUUGGAUCUGCAGAUGCAGGAGGCAGAUAUCAGUGGCUAUAUCCCCAAUGGAGAAUGGGACCUAGUGGGAAUCCCUGGCAAGAGGAGUGAAAAGUUCUAUGAGUGCUGCAAAGAGCCCUACCCCGAUGUCACCUUCACAGUGACCAUGCGCCGCAGGACGCUCUACUAUGGCCUCAACCUGCUGAUCCCCUGUGUGCUCAUCUCCGCCCUCGCCCUGCUGGUGUUCCUGCUUCCUGCAGAUUCCGGGGAGAAGAUUUCCCUGGGGAUAACAGUCUUACUCUCUCUCACUGUCUUCAUGCUGCUGGUAGCCGAGAUCAUGCCCGCAACAUCCGAUUCGGUACCACUGAUAGCCCAGUACUUCGCCAGCACCAUGAUCAUCGUGGGCCUCUCAGUGGUGGUGACCGUGAUCGUGCUGCAGUACCACCACCACGACCCCGAAGGGGGCAAGAUGCCUAAGUGGACCAGAGUCAUCCUUCUGAACUGGUGCGCGUGGUUCCUGCGAAUGAAGAGGCCCGGGGAGGACAAGGUGCGCCCGGCCUGCCAGCACAAGCAGCGGCGCUGCAGCCUGGCCAGCGUGGAGAUGAGCGCCAUGGCGCCGCCGCCCGCCAGCAAUGGGAACCUGCUGUACAUCGGCUUCCGCGGCCUGGAUGGCAUGCACUGCACCCCAACCCCCGACUCCGGGGUGGUAUGUGGCCGCAUGGCCUGCUCCCCCACGCAUGACGAGCACCUCCUGCACGGUGGGCAGCCCCCCGAGGGGGACCCGGACCUGGCCAAGAUCCUGGAGGAGGUCCGCUACAUCGCCAACCGCUUCCGCUGCCAGGACGAAAGCGAGGCGGUCUGCAGCGAGUGGAAGUUCGCCGCCUGCGUGGUGGACCGCUUGUGCCUCAUGGCCUUCUCGGUCUUCACCAUCAUCUGCACCAUCGGCAUCCUGAUGUCGGCUCCCAACUUCGUGGAGGCCGUGUCCAAAGACUUUGCGUAACCACGCCUGGUUCUGUACAUGUGAAAAACUCACAGAUGGGCAAGGCCUUUGGCUUGGCGAGAUUUGGGGGUGCUAAUCCAGGACGGCAUUAAACGCCACAACUCCAGUGUUC